GUGGGACUGAGCACUAUGGAGGAAGGCGGCGGCACCUCGGCGCCGGCGGGUGGUGGCGACGAGAAGGCGGCGGGGCCGUGGACCAAGGACCGCAAGGACCCUCCGCCCGCGGGCGACAAGGAGCAGGAGCUGUCGGAGGAAGACAAACAGCUGCAGGAUGAGCUGGAGAUGCUGGUGGAGCGCUUGGGGGAGAAGGACACGUCCCUGUACCGCCCUGCGCUGGAGGAGCUACGCAGGCAGAUCCGCUCCUCCACCACCUCUAUGACUUCUGUGCCCAAGCCCCUGAAGUUCCUCCGCCCACACUAUGGAAAGCUAAAGGAGAUCUAUGAGAGCAUGGCCCCUGGAGAGAACAAGCGCUUCGCAGCUGACAUCAUCUCUGUGCUGGCCAUGACCAUGAGUGGAGAGCGGGAGUGCCUGAAGUACCGCCUGGUGGGGUCCCAGGAAGAGCUGGCCUCCUGGGGGCAUGAAUACGUCAGGCAUCUGGCAGGCGAGGUGGCAAAGGAGUGGCAGGAGAUCGACGAGGCUGACAAGGCCCAGAGGGACACACUCCUGACACUGGUCAAAGAGAUUGUACCUUACAACAUGGCGCAUAACGCAGAGCACGAAGCCUGCGACCUGCUCAUGGAAAUCGAGCAGAUGGACAUGCUGGAGAAGUACAUUGAUGACAACGCCUACGCCAAGGUCUGCCUCUACCUCACCAGCUGUGUGAGCUAUGUGCCCGAGCCUGAGAACUCGGCUCUGCUGCGCUGUGCCCUGGGCAUUUUCCGCAAGUUUGGGCGGUUCCCGGAGGCACUGCGCCUGGCCCUCAUGCUCAACGACAUGGAGCUGGUGGAGGACAUCUUCACCUCCUGCAAGGAUGUGGUGGUACAGAAGCAGAUGGCUUUCAUGCUGGGGCGCCACGGUGUCUUCCUGGAGCUCAACGAGGAUGUAGAGGAGUAUGAGGAUCUCACUGAGAUCAUGUCCAAUGUGCAGCUCAACAGCAACUUCCUGGCCCUGGCCCGGGAGCUGGACAUCAUGGAACCCAAGGUGCCAGAUGACAUCUAUAAGACCCACCUGGAGAACAACAGGUUUGGCGGCAGUGGCUCGCAAGUGGACUCAGCUCGCAUGAACCUGGCCUCCUCCUUUGUCAACGGCUUCGUCAAUGCUGCCUUUGGGCAGGACAAGCUGCUGACCGAUGAUGGCAACAAAUGGCUUUACAAGAACAAGGACCAUGGGAUGCUCAGUGCUGCGGCCUCACUGGGCAUGAUCUUGCUGUGGGAUGUGGACGGGGGCCUCACACAGAUUGACAAGUACCUGUACUCCUCUGAGGACUACAUCAAGUCAGGCGCCCUGCUGGCCUGUGGCAUCGUGAACUCAGGGGUGCGGAAUGAGUGUGACCCUGCACUGGCGCUGCUUUCCGACUAUGUUCUGCACAACAGCAACACUAUGCGCAUCGGUGCCAUCUUUGGGCUUGGCUUGGCUUAUGCUGGCUCCAACCGUGAGGAUGUCCUGACUCUGCUGCUCCCUGUCAUGGGUGACUCCAAAUCCAGCAUGGAGGUGGCCGGCGUGACAGCCCUGGCCUGUGGCAUGAUUGCUGUGGGCUCCUGCAAUGGGGACGUCACCUCCACCAUUCUCCAGACUAUCAUGGAGAAGUCUGAGACGGAGCUGAAGGACACUUAUGCUCGCUGGCUGCCACUCGGCCUGGGCCUCAACCACCUGGGGAAGGGGGAGGCAAUCGAGGCUAUCCUGGCAGCGCUGGAGGUGGUGUCGGAGCCCUUCCGCAGCUUUGCCAACACCCUGGUGGACAUCUGUGCCUAUGCUGGCUCAGGGAAUGUGCUGAAGGUGCAGCAGCUGCUCCACAUCUGCAGUGAGCACUUUGACUCUAAGGAGAAGGAGGAGGAGAAGGACAAGAAGGACAAGAAGGACAAGGAGAAGAAAGAAGGCUCAGCUGACAUGGGGGCCCACCAGGGUGUGGCUGUGCUGGGCAUCGCUCUCAUUGCCAUGGGGGAGGAGAUUGGUGCUGAGAUGGCUCUGCGUACCUUCGGCCACCUGCUGCGGUAUGGGGAGCCUACGCUGCGCCGCGCUGUGCCUCUGGCCCUGGCUCUGAUCUCGGUCUCCAACCCACGCCUCAACAUCCUUGAUACCCUCAGCAAGUUCUCACAUGAUGCUGACCCUGAAGUCUCUUACAACUCCAUCUUUGCCAUGGGCAUGGUGGGCAGUGGUACCAACAAUGCUCGGCUGGCAGCGAUGCUGAGACAGCUGGCCCAGUACCAUGCCAAGGACCCCAACAACCUCUUCAUGGUGCGCCUGGCUCAGGGGCUGACUCACCUUGGGAAGGGGACCCUCACCCUGUGUCCAUACCACAGUGACCGGCAGCUUAUGAGCCAGGUGGCUGUGGCGGGGCUGUUGACCGUACUUGUAUCCUUCCUGGACGUGCGCAACAUCAUCCUGGGCAAGUCACACUAUGUCUUGUAUGGGCUGGUGGCCGCCAUGCAGCCGCGCAUGCUGGUGACGUUUGAUGAGGAGUUGCGGCCUCUGCCUGUGUCGGUCAGGGUGGGGCAGGCUGUGGAUGUCGUGGGGCAGGCAGGCAAGCCAAAGACCAUCACAGGCUUCCAGACGCAUACAACGCCAGUGCUGCUGGCGCAUGGGGAACGGGCCGAGCUGGCCACAGAGGAGCACAUGCCUGUGACGCCCAUCCUGGAGGGCUUCGUCAUCCUGCGCAAGAACCCCAACUAUGACAUCUGAGCCUGGGGCUGGGGUGGGGCAGGGGCUGAAGGGGGGUAG